AUGUUAGAAGAUAUGACAAUUGAGAUUCUUUUGAAACUGCCUGUAAAAUCGCUUCUGCGAUUUAAAUGUGUGUGCAAAUAUUGGUACACCCUCAUUAGAAGUUCUACAUUUGUUAAGAAGCACCUCCACCAUCAAAGCAACAAUGCUCGUCUCCUUGUUCAUUAUUACAAUUGCAGCACUUUAGAAUAUUCUUUUGCUUUCUUCCAGGAUAAAACACUUGCUACCUUUCCCCUUGUAUAUUAUGAUGUUGAUGGUGUCGUGAUACCCAACAACCCAAAUAUUUUUGGUCACUAUGAUGGCAUACUUGGUCUUUACGAUUGGGAUAGCAUAGCUCUAUGGAAUCCUGCCACAAGAGAAUUUAGAUUUCUCCCUAUGCCAAACCCUGACAUUCCACCCAGGUUUAGCGUUUUGGAACAUAAAUUUGGAUUUGGGUUAGAUCACACAACCAAUGAUUAUAAGGUGGUUUGUAUUAGAACGUAUUAUUAUUCCGAAGACUAUGAAGAUUAUCAUUCUGCAGUUAUUGUAUUAUUUCACCUAUCUACGAAUUCUUGGAGACUUUUUGAAGCUGAUUUGUCUCGAGUCACUUACGUGCAUGAAUCUUCAUGUAGCACAUGCUUGAACGGAGUAUAUUAUUGGCUGACUAGUGUGCUUGAUAAACUUGAGUUUCGUACUACGUACUUUUACAAUAAAAUCCUUACAUUUGAUUUGAGUAAUGAAGUUUUUGGAGAUAUACCAGGACCUCAAGAUAUUCCCAAAUUAAAUUUGGGAAAUCUCAUUUUAUACGAUGAAUCUAUUUCUGUGAUGUGUUUUGAUCAACGUGAAGUUGAGAAAUAUGUUGACAUAUGGGUGAUGAAAGAGGAGGGGUGUUGGAUUAAGGAAUUAACUAUUGGACCACUUGUAGAUGUCGGCAAGGCACUUGGAUUUUGGAAAAAUGGUGAGCUUUUCCUAGAAACUAUAACUCUAAAGUUAGUUUUAUACAACCCUAAUACCCAAGAAAUUAAAGAUCUUCAACAUGACGGACCAUAUGAUAUGCGUAAGAUCUUUGUGUACACAGAGAGCCUCGUUUCAAUCAAGGAAGGAAAUGAAUGCUGA